AGAGGUCAAGCGUUGGGCCCACGCCGUGCCGAUAAAGAUCGGAUCUGACGUGGCCGCCCACUGUACGGCCUCGGGCUGCGCACAGACUCGGCCUUACCCGAGGGAGGGCCACGAUGGCCGCCAGCGCUGCCGACGUGUUCGUGUACUCGCUGGCAACCUUCCUCGGGAAUGUCGGCGUCGCCGUCACCGGCUUCGGCAUGGCCAUUGUGUACCUGUUCGUGUGGCAGGUGGCGAGGCUGUGCGGCUGGGAGGCGGACUUCAAGCACGCGGUGUUCAUCCAGGCAAUCGGCCUGUUCGCGGCCCAGCCGCUGCUGCUGCGCCAGGCCAACAUUCGCAAGCACGGCUCCCGCAGCCUCCUGAAGCUGUUCCUUCCGGUGACGGUCCUGUCCACGCCUCUGGGCCAGUGGCUGGGAAUCUACGUCGACGAGAAGGCCGUUCAGACGGUGGGGGGGGUCAUCAUCUGCCUCUUCGCCGCCUUCGAGGUGUUCCGCAACCGCAGGCUCAUCCUCGAGGCCCUCCGCGGCGCCCCGCCUGCAGGCCCGCGCAGCGAGGACGCGGAGCGAGAGGGCCCGGACAGGGCUGCCGUCGAGGAUGACGAGGACGAGCCGACGUGGUCCACAGAGAAGGUGUUCUUCAUGAUCGGGUCGCAGAGGUCCGGGUCGAACUGGCUGCGGACGAUGAUGGACGAGCGCGAGGACAUCGCAGGCCCGCACCCGCCACACAUUUUUGACAAUUUUUUGCCUAUCCUCGGCAAGUUCGGCGACCUGGGCCUGGCGACCAACAGGGAGAUCCUCAUCGACCACGUGCUGACCUUCGUCGAGCGGAACCAGGUGCCGUGGACCGACAGGAAGGGUCGGCCUCUCACCUUCGACCGGGGUCAGGUGUUCCGCGCGGUGGAGCGGGAGGUGGAUACGGAUGCCGUGUCCGGGAUAGAGGUCCUCAUGGUCAUAUUCAACGAGGUCUACGACACCCAUGCGAGAGCCAAUUUUAAGAGAACAUGGAUGUGUAAGUCCAUGGGGAUGUCGAAGUACCACGAUACGUUGCUGAAUUUCUACGGAAAGGACCGCCUUCGUUACAUCUACUUGGUUCGCGACCCGCGCGACGUCGCCAUGUCGUUCAUGAACACUCCCGUCGGCGAUUGCCACUACCACGCGAUUGCCACCAAGUGGGUGCGGCUCCAAGAGAGUGCUCUGAAGAUUGCCGACGCCUACCCCGACAUGGUGCACCUGCUCCGCUACGAGGAGACGCUGCUGCAGGACAAGGCUGGUGCAAUGGAGCGUCUCUUCGAGUUUGUCGGCCAGGAGCACUUCGCCACGCAGCGACAGCAAAGCACAGCGUCCGUGCUGGCGAUACGGGACCUGAAAACAAAGUGUGAGGACGCCAAGAAUGGCAACGAGUCGAAAAAGGCGGCGGGGUUGUCAAAGCAAUUCUGCAACCUGACCCUGGGCGACGAAUUUGCAAAAGGCCAGUUUGCGAAGUGGCGCCACGGCACGCCGCCUAUGCCCACUUGCGACGUGAUCCUCGUCGAGAACGUGACGUGGGAUGUUAUGCAGCGCUUCGGUUACAUGCCGAGCAUCGUGUCGGUGACGCAGGACCCCGCAGCCUACUCGAAGAGUGAGCUGGAGACGUUUGAGAAGUUGAACCGGGAGGGGAUCGAAAAGAUGAAUGCUGACCUGGAGGAGGAAGACCCCGAAGACGCAAACCGCCGGAGAGCGUCGGCGUCUGUGCUCGCCUUACCGCCAGAGCUUAUCCUGAAGCAGGUGAAGAACCCGAGCUCUGCGUGCAGGCUGGAGCAGGUGGCCGCCAAUGGGCUCGCGAUCGAGAUUCCGGGGGGCCUGACCUUGCGCUGCGCGGCGUUGUCGCAGGCGGGGGACCAUCCCAUCAAGAGGGCCCCGAACCAGGACACGUUCACCCUGGCAGAGGGCCGCGUCGGCGUUGCGCAGCACUGGCUCGCCGUCUACGACGGGCACGGGCCGCUCGGCCGGGAGUGCGCCGCCUUCGCCCGCGACCACCUUUGCGACGGCGUCGCCGACCGCCUGGGGCGCGGCGCGGCCGGCCCGCUGGCGGCUGGGGCCGAGCAGGGACGUGGGCGCCGCUCUAAAGGCGGCGCACGUCGCCGUCGACGACAUGCUGCCGAGGACGAGUCCAUCAACGACCAGGAGUCCGGGACCACGGCGAUCUCCAUGUAUGUCAGCGGCGACCGCUGCUACAUCAGCAACGUCGGCGACAGUUGCUGCUUCCGCGGCCACGUGGGCCCAGGCGGUCAGCUCGCCGUGGAGCCGCUCUCGGAGGCCCAGGCCGCCAACCGACCUGACGAGGCAGACAGGAUCAGGAGCUGCGGCGGGGUGAUCGCCACUGCAAGCCAAGUGGACGGCACCGAGCCCAUGGAGCCAGGCGUCGAGCCCACCACCGAGCCCAUGGAUGAUUGGACUGGAGAUGGCCCACCACCGCGCGUGUGGGCGCCAGGGUGUCCGCAGCCAGGCUGUGCGUUCACGCGCUCCAUCGGCGAUCGUGCCGCCAAGCUCCUGGGCGUCGUUGCCGAGCCCGAGCUGAGGAGUCAUACGAUCACGAGAGCUGACAAGGUCUUCGUCCUCUGCAGCGACGGGGUUUCGCAGUACAUGACGGCACGCGAGAUUUGCAGCAUGGCCCUGCAGCACGACGACCCAGUUGCCGCGUGCGCGUCAUUGGUGGCGGAGGCCCGUCAGCGCUGGCUGAGCCGCGGGGGCCGCGUUGACGACAUCACAGCACUCGUCUGCCUCGUCCGCCCAGACAGCAAAGGCGAAAUGCAGGGCGCCCGUGCAGAGGAUGCGAUAUCGCAGCAGGAGGAGCAGAUAAGCCCGCGUGUGGCUGCCUGGGCGAUCUCCAUGGGGUUCGCGAGCGGGUUUCUAGGUGGGCUCUGCGGCAUCCGCGGGCCCCCCAUAAUCAUUUUCUUCCUGCACAUGGUGUUCCCGAAGGCCAUCCAGAAGGCGAACGGAGCUGCGAUCACUGUGGUCAACGUGUCGAUGCGCAUUCUGGGAUACGCAGUGGAUGCUGCGACAGGCAACAGCACAGCUGUGAUGGAUGAUUGGCCGCUCUACGCGUCCGUGGUGCUCAUUUCGCCCGUGGGUGUCGCCAUUGGCGGGCGACUCUUCGACCACACGAAAGACUCCCAGGCGAAUCUAAAAACCAUACUCGCGAUGUUGCUGGUGUUAUGCGGCAUCAGUCUGCUCAUCACUGCCUUUGAAUGAUCUGAUGAGGCCCCCCAGCCACACGCAGCUAGAAUUACUAUUGCAUGGAGUGCACUCAUCCGCGUCGCCACGCGGCCAAGAGCUUGUUGGAGACGUGCAUCCCCGGACCUCGACGUUCUUCCCAGGUUGGUUGCCGACACUCCCAGGGCCCGACACCACUCCCAAGCUACGACACAGAAACAGGCAUAACGGCAUCAGUUUGCUCAUCAUUGCCCAGGCAGCACAAGCACAUCUGAACGAGAGCAUAUCGUUUGCUGCACUUGCGGCGACUGUACUGGAGACCGCACCAUACGGGAAGCCAUGCGGAGGACGGAGCACACGGGAGCAUACGCGUGAGUCCGCACGAGAGACCAUGCGGAUUACCAAGAAGGAGACCCCUUUGGAGACCAUGCGCGAUUCUCCUGUUUCAGCCACGGCGGUUCGUCCGGUCCUGUUUCAAUCGCGGCGGCUCAUUUGGGGCCCACGGGCUGUGUGGACAGUUGUGGGCAGGGGAUCCGCGGCGAUCCAGGAGCGGACCCCGGGGAGCUGCCACCCGUGGGAUCCUGCCGCCCUGCCAGCGAAGGUGUGCUGGAGUUUCGUCUCCGCCAUUCGUUCUCCCAGCCCCGCCGCUUUGGCUCGUCCUCCUCGUUUGUCCACCGCCGAACCUCUCUCUCUCUCUCUCUGUCCGCUUUCGUACACAGGCACGUCGCAGGCAAUCCUUUAUGGCAAUCCUCUCUCUGUCCGCUUUCUCCGAGGUGGCCCGCGUCAGCACCUUCGCGCGUUGUGCCAGAUCGCACGGGGCGCGUGCCCGCUGCGCCCUGCCGCAGCCCGCGGCCGGAACGUCGGCAGCGGCCUCGAGCGCACAAGUCAGCAACGGGCCAGUCAUUGUCGAGCGUUGUCUCGCCAGUCUUCGACUUCGAUCGCGUGACGGGCCCAAUGCCAUCACCGUAUCGAAUCACCACCCUCGCUCCUCUAACUACUGUGCUUCUCCCUUCACUGCGCUGCCUCUCGCGCCUUUGCCGUGCGCCCUCGUGUCAGGGGUUCCCUUGUGCUCGGCCCAGCGUUCUCGGCGCCUUCCCGGGAACGCACCUCAAGGCGAACUCGCUGACGCCUCCGUUUGAUCGUUGCCGCGGUGCAGGGCUUCCUGUGUCAACGCUCCCCGUGCUCGGCACACUCUGACGAUUCAAGUAUUGGACUUAUAAGUUUUACUAUUUGCAUCGCCAAUUGAUUGAAAUCAGUAGACCAUCCCAGCUCAGAUGUUCUAUAAAUCGAGCACGCUGAACUAUAGAGAGCGUGCCAGAAAGCCCCAACGGCGGGAGACUGGCAAGGCACAGAGUUGCACCCCAAUGGCAACUGAUAGACUAAGUGGUGGAUGAGGCUGUCCACACGGACGUGCCGCGUGGAGGCGGCUGGCCAGCGAAGGCAGCGCGGGCUAGCAACGGCUCCCGGGAGGGAGGGAGCGGCCGACAAGACCGGGCGGCACGUCAGUGGCCCACCCCCGCGUGCAACCGGCGCAAGUGCCAAUUCUUCGCACAAGAGCGGCCACCCCGGCGCACUCCGUGCCACGUCCCGCGGAGAGGAGGAGGAGGAGGAGGAGGAGGAGGAGGAGGA